GGCGGGGGAGGAGGGCAGAGAUCGCAGACGCCCCGCCCAGUCAGGAAGGCUGCGCGUGCCCCGUGAGACCGCCAAGAUGGUGGUGGGCGCGUUCCCUAUGGCGAAGCUGCUAUACCUGGGCAUCCGGCAGGUCAGCAAGCCUCUUGCCAACCGCAUUAAGGAGGCCGCCCGCCGAAGCGAGUUCUUCAAGACCUAUAUUUGCCUCCCGCCGGCUCAGCUGUACCACUGGGUGGAGAUGCGGACCAAGAUGCGCAUCAUGGGCUUCCGGGGCACCGUCAUCAAGCCGCUGAACGAGGAGGCGGCCGCGGAGCUGGGCGCCGAGCUGCUGGGCGAAGCCACCAUCUUCAUCGUGGGAGGCGGCUGUCUGGUGCUGGAAUACUGGCGCCACCAGGCGCAGCAGCGCCACAAGGAGGAGGAGCAGCGCGCCGCCUGGAACGCGCUGCGGGACGAGGUGGGCCACCUGGCGCUGGCGCUGGAGGCGCUGCAAGUGCAGGUGCAGGGGGCGCCGCCGGAGGGCGCCCUGGAGGAGCUGCGCGCGCAGCUGCAGGAGGUGCGCACCCUGGUCCGCGGCCAGAGCGCGCCGCCGGCGUCCCCGGCCGCCUCCACGUCCCAGGCAGUGUCAGCGUCCAAGAAAUAGGCUACCAAAGCCUGAACCGGGACCGGGCCGUGUGCGCCCCGACGUGGCCUUCUCCCUGCACCCUCCUGCCAGUGCAGGCCCGGUGGAAACCACCCGGAUCUUGGUGCAACCCGGCAUUCGAUACCCCUACGGAUGAAACCAGUGGAACCUGCCUCUGGGACCUGCCGCAGGUGGAGCGUUCUGUCACAGCCCCCUCUACCUCUAGCUCGACGGCCCGGUCCACAGUGCUCACGCCCCGCUCAGACCGAGGUCCUGGCCAGCAGGGCAUGGCACACACCGCUCUGGCCUGCUGGGAGCUGGACUUGAGGCCAGUCGACUUGUCGUGGUACCCACCCAUUUACCUGAUUAGUGUUACCUUCCUGGGCCACCCCAUCCAUUGCGGGCCACCCCCUGCCUUUUACCACUGUAAGGCGGGGCCCCAGGGUCCCAGUGGCUCUCCGUCCCUGCCUUUCCAGCUCUAGCAGGGUGGCACCUUUCUCGUUGAGGGGGAAGAAAGGCUCCUGGCCUGUAAGCAGCCAAUGGAAUUAGUGUGUCUUUCCCCUCGCCUGCUCCAGGUUCCUUCCUGAGGUCCUGGGUGAACUGUUCCGGCCAAACCUCGUCAUCCCUCAGCCUAGCACAACCUCCCGACCCCGCCCGGCUGUGCGGUCUCUGGCAGUGCUCCCCAGACCCCCUGCCCCGGGUGGGAAAGUUGAACCUCCUGGGCUAGUGCAGCCCGCCUUUCAGCGUCAGCCCCGGGCUCUCCUGCCCCCAGAGCCCCUGGGCCUUGUACUGUGUGGCUGUCCUUUCCCGCCUCUCCCGCACUCCUCAGUGGCGUUUCUCAGAGGCCUGCUGGGUCAGGACUAGAUCGCCCCUCCCUCACCUUCCAUCCAGCCCUGCAGAGCUGAGCGGGCUCUGCCUGCCCUUGUGGGACUGUCCCACACCCUCCUUCGCAGCAGCGCCUCCAGUCUCCCAGCCCCAAGUUCCCCUCCUUCCAUUGGCACCAGCUGGGCUUUCCUCCUCUGCUCGUUUUCUGGGGUGGCAGUGACAACUUCUGCCCACCUGACGACCCUGCCCCUGCACGUCCUGCCCCGGUGCAGCUCGCUCACCGUUAGACAUCAUGCUCCUUCCCGCGGCCAGUCCUGGUGGGCUGCAGUCGUGUCCGUCCCCCCCCACUACCCCGCUGUGGGGCUGGGGCUCUGCCGCCAGCCUGUGCCCCGUGUUUCAGACGCUGCUUCCUAACAGGAGCCCUGGGAAGGAAGGGGUGCAGGCUCGGGACAGAGCUUGUUAAGAUUAGAGAAGCUGGGGAGGGUCUGGAGAAGGAGGCUAAGUCAGGCCCCCGAGCUCUUCCCCAAGUGGGUGAACUCAGGCCUUGGGAGGCAGGGCUGCUUAGUGGUGUGGGGCUGGCGCCAAGUGGUGAGGGGUAGGGCAGAGGGUGGGGCCCUGAGUGGGCAGGCAGGGCUCACUUGCAGGCCCCAGGCAUCCUCUCCCAUCCCAGAGGCAAGGCGAGGCCCUGCUGAGCUCAGAGCAGCCCCAGGUCGCGGAGAUCCUAGUGUAGUAACCCCAUUGCCCUGAAGCUACAGGCGAGGGCCAGCUUUUACCCCUCACCUCACUGCCCCUGGGGAUAAAAGUGACCUCGGCACAGACUCCCCCCACCCCUGCCCAUAGGAAACCCAGAGAUGGGUUCCGAAACAGCUUAAUUCCUUCUAGAAGAGGAAAGCAGCUGAUAGAGGGGACCGAGGAGGUAUGGCCCUGAUGGAGGUGUCUUUAAAAUGGGGGUGACCUCAGUGGGUUAAAUGGGCAAAGGCAAGGGCCAGAUGCCCCAGUGGGGGACAGAAGCAGGGGAGUGGGCUCAGUUCCUGGUUUCCAUGGUCACCCUCCGAGGCUUGUGUCCGGCUCCCCACCAGCUCCACUGACACCUCUGGAGGCCGGAGGCUGUGACCACCCGCCAUGGUGUCAGUAAAUGGUAAACAGCCUUCCCACCACAGAUAGGUUCCUGGAGCUCCGGGAGGUGCCGCACUGUUUUAAGUGCUUUCAAGUCCCCCACGUUGUUUUCUCCAUUUCAUUGAUGAGGCAGGCACGGAGAGGGACAGUCACCUGCUUGGUCACACAGGCAAGGAAGGGGCGAGGCAGUCGAGCCCCAGCCCUGGACCCCUGCACCGCGGCGACCCUGACAGACUGCUGCUUGCACACGACAGCGGGCAUGGGCUUGCCCCUGUGCAGGGGUGGCGGGUGCGCAGGUGGAAAGAACCCUCUCCAUAUGGACAAGCCGGACAGAGGAUGGUUCUUUGCUCUGGCUUCCUACUGGCUCGGAUUUUGUACACUAGGGGUAGGGGUUCGAAUAAAUUAAUAAAUGAAGAUGCUUGUUUUCAA